AUGUACUCCCUUGGUGCUCAGCCCCUGGUGCAGUUUCGGAAGCAUCUAGAAGAAGAUGGAGUGGAAGACAUGACUCAGCUGGAAGACCUGCAUGAUGGUGCGGUGUUGUACAACUUAAAGAAGAGGUUUGAAAAGAAAAUGAUAUACACAUACAUUGGCAGCAUCCUUUUAUCUGUGAAUCCAUAUAGAAUGUACAACAUAUAUGGGACUGACACCGUGCUGAAAUAUAAAGGGAAGUCAUUUAUGGAUAACCCACCCCACCUCUUUGCCAUUGCUAAUGCAGCCUACUCAAAAAUGGUUGAUGCCAAACACAAUCAAUGUAUUAUUAUCAGUGGUGAAAGCGGGUCAGGCAAGACUGAAGCCACCAAACUGGUACUCCGCUAUCUUGCUGCUGUGCACCACAGUCACAAAGAUAGUGUGACCCAUCAGAUUCUUGAAGCCACACCUCUUCUGGAGUCAUUUGGGAAUGCCAAAACUGUACGAAAUGAUAAUUCCAGUAGGUUUGGGAAAUACAUUGAAAUUUUUUUGCAGGACGGGGUGAUAUGUGGUGCCAUAACCUCACAGUAUCUUCUUGAAAAGUCAAGGAUUGUGUUUCAGGCCAAAAAUGAAAGAAAUUACCAUAUUUUCUAUGAGAUGCUGGCAGGACUCUCGAGUCAGCAGAAGCAAAAGUUCUACCUGCAGGAGGCUGAGACAUAUUACUACCUGAAUCAGGGUGGAAACUGUGAAAUUUGGGGGAAGGAUGACGGGGAGGACUUCCUCAGGUUGCUCAGCUCGAUGGAAGUGCUUGGCUUUAGUCCAGAUGAACAGAACAGCAUCUUCCGCAUUCUCUCUUCCGUUCUUCACCUGGGGAACGUCUACUUUGAGAAAUAUGAGACUGACUCACAAGAGGUGGCGUCAGUAGUCAGUGCUCACGAGAUCCGAGUGGUGGCAGAGUUAUUACAAGUGUCUCCCGAAGGUCUGCAAAGGUCCAUCACAUAUAAAGUGACGGAAACCAUGAGAGAAAAGAUUUUCACCCCUCUAACAGUGGAAGGUGCAGUUGAUGCCAGAGAUGCUGUUGCCAAGAUCCUUUACUCACUGAUCUUCAGUUGGCUCACUGAUAGAAUAAACACAUUGGUUUCUCCAAAGGCAGAAUCCAUGUCCAUAGCCAUCUUAGAUAUUUAUGGAUUUGAGGAUUUGACUGUAAACAGUUUUGAACAGCUGUGCAUUAAUUAUGCUAAUGAGUACCUACAAUACUUUUUCAAUAAGAUCAUCUUCAAAUUGGAGCAGGACGAAUAUAUCAAAGAACAUAUUGACUGGAAACAUAUUACCUUCAGUGACAAUCAACCCUGCCUUGAUCUUAUUUCUCAGAAGCCACAUGGAAUCCUUAGGAUAUUGGAUGAUCAAAGCUCUUUCCCACAGGCAACUGACCACACCUUCCUACAAAAAUGUCACUAUCACCAUGACAACAAUCCUCUGUACUCAAAGCCAAAGAUGCCUCUGCCUGAAUUCACCAUUAAGCACUACGCUGGGAAAGUGACAUACCAGGUCCAGAAGUUUGUGGAGAAAAAUCAUGAUCAGGUUCGACAGGAUGUCAUAGAAUUGUUUGUGAACAGCAAAAUAAAGAUUCUGACCAGCCUUUCGAUGGGGCAAGCCAUGAAGAUGACAUCACCUAAGAAUAGUACCAUCAGCCGAAGGUAUGCUCCCACCGUGGCAGCCAAAUUCCAGCAGUCUCUGAUGGAACUAGUGGAGAAGAUGGAAAGUUGCAAUCCUUUGUUUGUCCGUUGCAUCAAGCCAAAUAACAAAAAGGAGCCAGAACUCUUUGUGGUUGAUGUUGUAAGCAUACAGUUGCGAUAUUCUGGGAUUCUGGAGACCAUCCGGAUCCGUAAGGAGGGCUAUCCUGUGAGGAUUACCUUUGAUAAUUUCAUCAAGAGGUACAAAAUCUUAUUGGGACUAACAAAUCAAAUAAAGGCAGACGGUGAAAACUGUGUUGCCGUUUUGAAACAAAUUGUUCCAGUCAGCAAGGGAAUGUACAGUCUCGGACUUACCAAGAUUUUUAUGAAGGAGAACUUGUACCACACUCUAGACAGUAAACGGGACGGCCUCAUGCUUAUUGCUUCUCUAACUCUGCAACGCUAUGCCCGCGGUUUCUUUGCCAGGAAACGUUAUACAGAGCUCCGGAGAACAAUCAUACUGCUGCAGGCUUCAGCCAGAGGUUACAUUACCAGGAAAAUAUUCCAGAAGUUAAAGGAAAACGUCGUCAAAGUCCGAUCCAUUGUUCUCAUGUUUACAAAUCGCAGGAGAUUCCUCAGGGUCCGAGAACAAAAACGGGAGAGGAUUGAGAUGGAACAAACAAUGAGAGAAGUGGUGAACGUUGCUCAUCUGGACAUUCCUGCCGAAUUGGCGAGCUUACUCCAAGCUGCAGCAGUAAAUAAAGAAAUCCACUCAGAUUGUAUUCUACAGACUGAAAUUCCUAAGGUGCAUUUGGGGCUACAGUUAAAAAUGCCUCUUGAUAUCAACAAUUAUCCUUUCUCCAGAUUUGUACGGACCCACUUCAGGAACCAACUAUUUGGAAUGUUGACUACUCCACUGGAAGAAGCACUAACCCAAACCAAAGAGGACUUAAGGCAAGAAGCUGUCACAGUCUUCAAGCUGAUACUACGAUUCAUGGGGGACCCCCAUCUGAACGGAGCUCAAGAAACUCUCUUUGGUAAUUACAUAACCCAAAUAGGUUUGGCCAACUCCAGUCUCCGCAAUGAAAUCUUCGCUCAAAUAGCCAAUCAAGUGUGGAGAAACAUCAAUGAUAAGAACGCAGAGAGAGGCUGGCUCUUAAUGGCCACUUGUCUCAGUAGCUUUGCACCCUCUCCUAUAAUGGACAAAUACCUUCUGAAAUUUGUGUCAGAUUAUGGUUACAAUGGAUACAAGUCAGUAUGUCAGCAUAAGUUACUACAAGCAAUGCAUAAGGCUAGGUAUGGCCCUGAGGGAGCCAGAGGCUAUCCGCCAUGCCUGCUGGAGUGGACAGGCAACAGGAGGAAGGCUAACAUUGCAAUAGAGGUAUCCUGCUUUGAUGGCAAGAAUUUUCUGUGUCCAGUGAAUUCCUGGACUACGGGAGAGGAACUGGGACAAGAUCUCUUGCGGCACAGAGAUGUUACAGAAGGCUGGCGAGGUUGGACUGUGGCAAGAAAGGAUAAAGGCGCAUGGACUGAGCUUGGUGGUCACGACUAUGUAAUGGACUUGGUGUCUGACCUAGAACUCCCCACAGAUUUUCCGAGGCAAAAAUCCUUCUUUAUGAUUUCUUCUGAGGGAAAGACAAGAAGCCGGAAGAGUCGAAACGUGUGGUUGUCCUUGAAAUAUUUUGCCUUCUUGUCUUCAGUAGAUUCUGGUGCCUUCAAUGAAGGUCGAUCUCAGAAAGGACUUGAUCGCUAUCUUGAUAGCUUGUUUGAUCCUGUUUUAUCUUAUGAAAAUGGGGACUUGGAGCGAACCUCCUUAGUAUCAGACAGAAUGAAGGGGGGCGGAAAGGUGGGACCUAGCGAUGGAGACAGAACCCAGCCGAGUGACCGGGGACUUCCUGAGAGGCCUGCAGUCCAGCUGGUCUAUGAUCCUUCUCAAAUACGUGCCCAGCAGCAAGAUUUCAUAAACCAGCAAGCUUAUCUUCUGGCCCAGCAAAUGACCAGGCAGGCCAUGACUCUCCAGCAGCAAAUGACAAGUGUCAGCCCUCCAGCUGCCACGCUGGGCCAUCAUCCAAGCCUGAACCAUAGCCACAGCACUGCCAUGAAAGCCACUAACAGCAACCAAAGUGCACCAAACCAAAAAGUGGGUCUCCCUCUUCAGACAAAUGCUGCCAACAAAGAUUUAGCCCAGCCAGUGAUCUCCCAACAUGCUGCCAAAGGAAAGCCAGCUGUCAACACGCCCAGAGCUUCCCAAACACCAAAACUCAAUGUUGCAAUGCAAGGCCCUGUUCGUCACACGACACUGAACUUAGAGCACUUUCCAGAGCCAACACACAACAUUAAGGACAUCAUAAAGCAAUAUGAGAUUCCAGCAACUCACAAGCAGUCCGGGUUAAUCAGAAAGGAACGUGGUAUGAUAUUCACCAGGAAAACAGACCCACAUGAGGAGGCCAUGUCUAUCUUGCAAAGACAGAAGACUCUAUAUACAUCUCCGAAACCACAACCUGCUCGAUUAAGCGAAAAGAGUUCCAAUGAAACUGUUGCCAUGGUGAAGCCAGUUGGUAGCUCAGCAAUGAAAGCCAGUGCCCGUCCUAUGCCAGUUGUCUCUGGCAGACAUCCUAUGUUCUCCGUAGCCUCAGUUUCCAGAGAACUGACUGGAAAUGAUGAGAGGAUCCAGACCCAGCUGCAUGGGCAGCCUUGUGAAGCCUGCUACACCUACAGCAACGUUCCCUGGAAUAUCUAUGCCCGCAAAGAGGUGUUUUAUCCAAAUGACAAUUUCCACAGUCCUGUAGCACUGGAUCUAAUUUUCCGACAGAUCGUGCACGACACAUUCUCUGAAACGUGUGUGCGGCUGGACAAAGAGCAGCAAAUGAAGAUGAGAUCGUUACUCGCUGAAAACAACAUUCAAGUUUCAGCCUUGGUGAAAGAUGAAGCUGCUAAGAGGAAGAUUGUGAUGGCAGCCAAAGAGUCUUGGGACGUGUACUUCUGCCGUUUGUUUCCUGCAUCUGGCAGUGUUGGCACUGGAGUGCAGGUUCUGGGAGUGUCCCACAAAGGAAUUAGUCUGCUGAAACUAGUGAGAAGCCGUAACACACCAGCAGAGAACCUGAGGGUACUCAGAAGUUACAGCUACACAGACAUCAUGUUUGUCACCAUCCCUUCUGAAAACAUGUUGGAUUUCAACCUCACCAAUGAGAAACUGAUUUUGUUUUCCUCCAAGGCUCCACAAAUAAAGAGUAUGAUUGAUUACUUCAUCACUGAGCUGAAGAAGGAUUCUAAUUAUGUUGUAGCAGUAAAGAGUCACAUCACAAACGACAGCUCCUUCCUACGAUUUCACAAAGGAGACAUCAUCUGCCUGCAAUCCUCAGAUCGUGUGGAAGAUGACCGAUGCUACGGAUGUGUAGUCAGGAAGAAGGUGAUAUACGUGGAGGAAUUAAGAAAGCACAUUUCUGAUUUUGGAUGGAAGUUUGGAGCUUUCCAUGGCCGGUCCGGGAUGGUUCCUAUAGAUCAUGUACAGCCUGUGGCCGCCCCAGAUUUUAUUCACCUGAGUACGGACAAGAAAGAAGAACCGAGGGACAAGAAGGGUACAGUGGCAGCUUCUUCCUCAGGCACGGUGGCAGCUGCUGUGGGAUCGACGGCGGCAGCUGAGGAGCUUGACAGGAAAACAGAGGUCUCCCUCCCGGUCAGUGAGUUUAUGGACAGUAUCCCUGACUAUGGUCUUCAGGAUAAUCAGUACACCAUGACAGAAUUUGCAAAGAAAUAUUUCCGCCAGUCACAGAAUUUUAGAAGUGAAUCUAAUAAAGAGAAAUCUAAAAAAUCCAAAGAUCACAAGGAACUGUCAGAGCUGGUAAAGUACUCAAAGACUCCAAUCCAAGAAUCCCUGAUUGAAUUCUCCGAUGAAAUUAUGAAUAAAGUAGCAGCCGAGAUUUUUGUUGCUGUCAUGAAAUUCAUGGGGGAUCAUCCUCUCAAAGGCCAGACAGAAGAAGAAGUGAUCUACACCAUCCUUAAGCUAUGUGCAGAGCAUGAGGUGAUGAAAGAUGAAACCUAUUGCCAGAUUAUCAAACAGAUUACCGACAGCACCAGCUCCAAAAUUGAUAGUACCCAGCGUGGCUGGAGGCUGCUCUAUACUCUCACCGCCUAUUACAAGUGUUCAGAAGUACUUAAACCAUACCUUUUUAAAUUGCUGGAGACUGUCUGCAGGAUGCCUGGUGCCAGCUUUCAAGGAAUCGCAAAAGCUUGUCACCAAAACCUGAAGAAAACUUUCCAGUUUGGUGGUAGAACCCAGUUCCCAGAUGGCAUGGAGCUCAAAGCCAUAAUGGCCGGCAGGAGCUCAAAACGCCAAAUCUUUUUGUUACCUGGCAAUAUGGAGCGACAUCUGAAGAUAAAAACCUGCUCGGUUGUGGCAGACGUGAUUGAAGACGUGUGUACUGAAAUGGGACUGCAGAACCCAGAGGCUGCUGAGGAAUAUUCUAUUUUUGUCAUCACCAAUAGAGGGAAAAAUGUGCAACCACUCAGCAAGAAGGAUUAUAUCCUCGAUGUGGCUGCAGCGACAGAACAAGACGAUCCAAACUUCACCUUCUGUUUCCGACGUGUCCUCUGGAUUCAGCCUCUGAAAUAUGAAAAUGAGUUAUGUGUAACUGUGCAUUAUAACCAGAUUGUUGCAGAUUACGUGAAGGGGCUCUUUCAUGUUCUGAGUCAGGAGAUGAUCAGUGACAGUAAACUCCAGCAAGUGUCAAAACUGGCAGCUCUGCAACACCGGGCAAAGGACAGUCUCUAUCUUCCCACCAUUCGUGAGGUGCAGGAUUAUAUCCCUACCCAAAUUUACCAACAUCAGCGUCCACAAUCCUGGCUGAGUAUGAUAACUCAGGAUGCCCAACAUGUUCAAGCCCUCCGCCCGCACCAAGCCAGAUCGCAGUUCCUUGGACUUGUGAGUGCAUUUCCUAUGUUUGGUUCCUCGUUCUUCUACAUUCAGAGCAGCAGCAACAGUGCAAUAGUUGCUCCCUGUAUUCUAGCUGUCAAUCAAAAUGGACUCAAUUUCUUGGACGAGGAGACUCAUGAGCUGAAGGUCAAUUUCUCAUUGAAGGAGGUACAGUCCUCACUAACUGAACGAUUGGGUCCCAGUAACAGCCAUCCAUACGUUGAGAUUAAACUGGGGGACCUGAUGUCUCAAGAAAUAAUGCAACUUCAGCUUGACCAGGGUCUGGAAAUGUGCCGAGUUACAGCCAUGCACAUGGAGGCGAUGCUAUUGGCCCGAGAGAAGAGGCUGACCCUCCCACCCAGCGAGAUUACCUUGCUCUGAAAUGGCCCUCGUUUAGCCAGUGGAUCCGAAAAUAGGAACUGCACCCUCAUCACUUCAUCAGGCCGUAAAAUGAACAUGUGAACACUCCAAAAAUAAACAUGUCAUCUGUUACAUUAUAGAAGAUAAGAUAUUAAAUAUCAAAGAAAUGUAAAAGCAAGACUGUCAACCUCAAUAUAAAUAACUGAAAAUAAAUAUUUUUUAAAUUUUUAGCUGUCAAAUAUUGGUACAGUGAAAAAGUGCAAUAGUACAACAUCACUUGUUGAAGGUAUAUUUUGAAUAUGUCCGUUGAAAUAGGAAUAUAACUUUGAGUCUACAACAGCUUCUAUCUAUUACGAGUUCUAUAUUUACACCCAAUCUCUAUAUUUUUAAAUAGAAUUGAAAGACUUGGUGCAUGCAUUGUUUCAGUAAAUGUGGUAUAUUUUUAUAAAACUAGAGUUGAAUCAUCUACUAAAUAUUUGUAUUAAUUUCAACAGGAUCCAAAAAAAUUACUUUUGUUUUGUAUAAUUUAUUGCAUAAAUGCAUUUAAUCACUUGUUGUUUUUUGAGAACACGGAGAAGAACUGC